CCGGCCGGCAGCACCGGGGCCGACUUUCCGAGGCCAGCGGAGCGGGCGCGCGCGCCGGGGGUCGCGCGGCUGCCGUGAAGGGCGAGCGCGCUCCGGGAGGAGUGGAGGCGUGGGGGGGGGGGCGGGGGUACAGCUUGCUUGCUCGCAAGAUGGCGGACGAGGACGGGGAAGGGAUUCACCCCUCAGCCCCUCACAGGAACGGAGGUGGCGGCGGCGGCGGCGGCGGCGGCGGAGGGUCCGGGCUCCAUUGCGCCGGGAACGGCGGCGGGGGAGGCGGCGGCCCCCGGGUCGUGCGCAUCGUCAAGUCCGAAUCCGGCUAUGGCUUCAACGUGCGGGGCCAAGUGAGCGAGGGCGGGCAACUGCGGAGCAUCAACGGGGAGCUGUACGCGCCGCUGCAGCAUGUGAGCGCCGUGCUGCCUGGAGGGGCGGCCGACCGGGCCGGGGUGCGCAAAGGGGACCGCAUCCUGGAGGUGAACGGCGUGAAUGUUGAGGGGGCGACCCACAAGCAGGUGGUGGACCUGAUCCGAGCAGGCGAGAAGGAAUUGAUCUUGACAGUGUUGUCUGUACCUCCUCAUGAGGCGGAUAACCUAGAUCCCAGUGACGACUCCUUGGGACAAUCAUUUUAUGAUUACACAGAAAAGCAAGCAGUGCCCAUUUCGGUGCCCACAUACAAACAUGUGGAGCAGAAUGGUGAGAAGUUUGUGGUAUACAAUGUUUACAUGGCAGGGAGGCAAUUGUGUUCUAAGCGGUACCGGGAAUUUGCCAUCCUACACCAGAAUCUAAAGAGAGAAUUUGCCAACUUUACAUUUCCUCGACUUCCAGGAAAGUGGCCGUUCUCAUUAUCAGAACAGCAAUUGGAUGCCCGGCGUCGGGGGUUGGAAGAAUAUCUAGAAAAAGUGUGUUCAAUACGAGUCAUUGGUGAGAGUGACAUCAUGCAGGAAUUCCUGUCAGAAUCAGAUGAGAACUACAAUGGUGUGUCUGAUGUAGAGCUGAGAGUAGCAUUACCAGAUGGAACAACAGUUACAGUCCGAGUUAAAAAGAACAGUACUACAGACCAAGUAUAUCAGGCUAUUGCAGCAAAGGUUGGCAUGGACAGCACAACAGUGAAUUACUUUGCCUUAUUUGAAGUGAUCAAUCAUUCCUUUGUACGUAAGCUGGCACCUAAUGAAUUUCCUCAUAAACUCUACGUUCAGAAUUAUACAUCAGCUGUGCCAGGCACCUGCCUGACAAUUCGAAAGUGGCUUUUUACAACAGAAGAAGAAAUCCUCUUAAAUGACAAUGACCUUGCUGUUACAUAUUUCUUUCAUCAGGCUGUUGAUGAUGUAAAGAAAGGUUACAUCAAAGCAGAAGAAAAGUCUUACCAAUUGCAGAAGCUAUAUGAACAAAGAAAAAUGGUCAUGUACCUCAACAUGCUAAGGACUUGUGAGGGCUACAAUGAAAUCAUUUUCCCCCACUGUGCCUGUGACUCCAGGAGGAAGGGGCAUGUUAUCACAGCCAUCAGCAUUACGCACUUUAAACUGCAUGCCUGCACUGAAGAAGGACAGCUAGAGAACCAGGUAAUAGCAUUUGAAUGGGAUGAGAUGCAGCGAUGGGACACAGAUGAAGAAGGAAUGGCCUUCUGUUUUGAAUAUGCACGGGGAGAGAAGAAGCCUCGAUGGGUUAAAAUCUUCACACCAUAUUUCAAUUACAUGCAUGAAUGCUUUGAGAGGGUGUUCUGUGAGCUCAAAUGGAGAAAAGAGGAAUAUUAGUUAGAGACUGAUUAUCCAGUGUGAGCCAGGACAUUCUUCCAGCGAGGCUGGCCUCUGGAUGGUGAAUGGGCUGUGCAAAAAAGCCCUGCUUCUUUCCCUGUCUAGAGGGGAGACAUUGGCUACAGGCUCUUCCAUCUCUCAUGACUUCAUGGACCCUCUUCUGCCUGUUCUUUUGGUUUUAUUUUGUUUUGUUUAGUGAAAUCACUUUCCAUGUUGUUCCUGACCCAGAAGGGCAGCUGUCUUCAGUGUUAGCCAUCUGACUGGAUGAGUCGUGAUAGAGUCUUUCUAGACUAACAAAAGAACAUAUAUAUGGGGAAAAGUUUUUGUUACUGCUGUCUGUAGGUGUCAGUGCUGGAACAGAAUUUAAAAGAUUCUAAAUACUUAGCUAUUUGUUCUCAAAAUCAGAGGAUCAAGAGGUAAAGUCAGGAACAUGAAAAUUCAUAUUCUUGAUAUAGUAAAACAUUGGGCUUUGGGAAUCACAUCUAGCUUUUCUCCUAGUUUUCUUUUCUCUGUAAUUUUGAGCAAAUCAGCUUUUUUACCUCCUAAGUUUUCCCUACCAUAGAAAAGAAAGACUGAGCCCAUUAAUUAACAUUCAAGGUCCUUCCACUUCUAAAAAGCUAUAAUUCUAGAUAGAAAGUUAGUUGUAUCAAGGGAACAAGCCAAUGAGAUUGAGUCAUCCAGUCACACUGUUUUAGUUUCUAUUUGAGGGUUGUCUCCAGAUUGGAGGAGAUUGAUGGCUUCCCAAUAACUCUUCUCCUUUUUUUCCUUUCAGAACAUUUUCCAGAUGUCGAGGUCACAGCAGAGGGAUGUGGCCACCUAGCCUUUCCUUUUCCCCUUCCCUUCCCCUUGCCCACAUCCUCUUAUCCCUUUUGUCUCCCAUGUCAGACAGAGUAACCAUUAACACAAAAGAAGAGAAAAAGAAAAAAGUCAUUAUAUACAGAAGUCCUAAACUAAAUAUUAAUAACUCCCUCUGAAUUUCAUGUCUUGAAUUGAGCUGGCAGAGAACAACAGAUUGGUCAGUACCAGAAGUCCACUGAGUUAAGAUAGAAAUAAGCCCAACCAACUCGCCAAAGGUAUCCUUGUCCUUUCACCUGGGCCUCAUACCAACAGACGCUCCUUGUACUAUAUUUUUAAAACUGGAACUAUGAACUUCAUCCAUUUGCACUGUUCAGACAUAUAUAUGUAUGUAUGUAAAAAAAUUAUAAUAUACACAAAAUUAGCUGCACGUAUAUACAUAUAUAUAUUUCUUUUUAAAUUUCAUAUUGAUGGCAGUACCUUUUUUAGCUUGUGUUUUUACACACCUUUCACUAGAAUUCAUGACCUCUCUCUUGCUCUCUUUGUUUUGAAACAAACUUUAAAAAGGAAAAAAAAAUACAGAGAAAAUACCUCUCCUCGUGAAGGACUCGAAAAGUUUACAACCUGCUUGGGUUCUUUCCCCUCCUUUUUUGUAUUGAGUACAGUUUCUGGCUCAUGGGUUGCCAUAGAGUCUGAGGAGCAGGGUGUAAAGUUGCUUUAUCGUCUUAAGAGGGUGCUGGGGAGGAGAAAGAGGUGUGUUUCUCAUGGGCAGCAAGGCUGCAGAUCUGCUGGGAGAAUCUAAAGACUUGGUGUAAUCUCUUGCUUUCAAAACCGUUUUCCUGGUCCAUCUCUCUCCCACUCCUGGCUUUAUAGUCCAUCUCCAUCUCCUUCCUCCUUCUCUAGGGCCUGUUGUGUAAUUUUCUCCAACUGUCCCCAGUGUAGUGUUGAGGAUGGGCUCAGGAGUUGAUGCUGCAGGAACCUAAAAUUACUACUUUGUGAUAAUUCCCCUUCUCCCCGCUUCUUCUACAGCAGAGAUGGUACUACAGACCAAGGGUAAAUGUAUCCCAGGCACAAACCUUGGAUAAAUGAAUAGAGGGAAAGGAAGGGAAAGAUGCCUGAAAAUGUAAGGUUUUUAUCUACUCCACUCAUGACCAGUUGCAUUCUCUGUGAUUUCCUUAAACAGCUGACAAUAUCUUCAAGGCCUCAGGGAAAACUUGGGAUGUAUCUGUGGUCUAUGCCAGCUAAACCAUACCCCUACCCACGCCAGCCAGCAGAGGGUCUAGAAAGAGCAGGAUAUGGUUGCUUUUAUUUGGCUCUCUACCGUUUUUUACUUAAAAGCAAUCUGAAGGAAAUCUUAUUCAUCCCUCAGAGCUAUACAACCUAGGUUCAGAGGCCAGACGCAUAGGACAACAGUCUCAGACCCUGAGGUCUCUAGGUCUUGCCUAAGCAACACUAAGUCAGGCUCAGAUGCAAUUGAAGCAUGUCUUUGAACACUGCUCUUGCACAUGGGGUGGCGUCCUCUGCUUUGUCUGGCUAACAGUAGUCAGCUCCUCUAAGCAGUGUUGCUUGAAGUUUCUCUUUUGUAACUUGGUCUUUUUCCUUAUCUGUAUUCCACUUGCCCCAGGGAGGCAUGGAAUCAUAUAGGACAUCCUGUCCUUUCUUCAAAUCCAGGUGGACCGACCCACAGAGUGCAGAACAUAAGAAUGCUAUAUGUUUAAAGUUGCAGAGGAUAAUCUCUUAUUUGAAGGCUUUAAUACAGGAUUGACUCUUCCUUUUGGCUUUAAAUGAAUUUAAUAAUGAGCCAAAUAACCCUAAAAAUAAAUUGAUUUCCUGCUCCAAGAUACUCAAGAGGCUUUUGGCACCAGCUCAGUUCAAACUGUAAAAACAGCAAUGUGCCCCCUACUCCCUCAUAGUGCGAGAGGAAAGAACAAAUUGAAGAGUGAAAACCCAAAUGCUCUGGUAAACCAAGUGCUGACCUCCAGAUAUGAAACAUGGAUUUGGAGGCCCUGAGGAUGAGUAGAUAGUGCUCUGGCUCCCUUUUUGAAAUAGCACUUACUUGGUGCUUUGGAGAUUGGAGGGACCCCUUGAGUAGGUAGUUGGCCUGUUGACAGAGUAUGUUUAGGAACAGCCUCAACUUGAAGCUGUCCUACUAACAGAGCACCUUCUCUUGUGCUCACAUCAGCCCUUCAGUAGUGGAGCAGAGGUCACUGGGCUGUGACGUCCACAGGGCCAAGCCCUUCUUUGCAUGAAGCAGUGUUAAGUGACUUCUUCGCCCCCUUCCCCCACACUUCCUUUUUCUAAUUCCUAUGGUGUUUCUUAAUCCUGACUUCUGCCCAGGGAGGCGUCAACCCAGUCUUUUUUUACAAUUUGUCUCUGAGAAAGGAGGGGCUCCCCUUCUCCUAGCUUCACCCCAGCAGGAUCUUCCUGGUCUCCCAUUAUUGUUCUCUUUACACUGGGUUUCUGUUCUGUAGCACAAAAGCUCAAAAAAGCUCAGCUUUUUUAUGGAACAGGAAAAAAAUGUAUGCCCUGAGAAACAUGCCUCUGUAGAAAGGUUCCCUUGGGCCAUGCUUUGAGCUCACUGCUCAUUAUAUUUUAUUCUAGUCUCCAGUUUUUUCCUACCCUCCCCUUGCCCUAGGCUUAAGCUCAGCACAGGUACCCAUAUGUGCGUGCUCAGGGUAGCUCCUAGGCCUGGAUAGAGCUCUCAGGGAGGAAUUAGAUAAAUAUUCCAACAUCCUCAUGCCUGGCCCAUUCCGUUUCAUCCUUUAGUUACCCAGGCCAGAAGCUUUGGGUUGUCUCCUCCUGUAACUCCAAACACCAUGCUUGGAGCAGCCAAAUAGGGCAUUGACAGGAGGUAAUGCCUUUCUCACUUAUCUCAGAAUUUGCCAACUUACAGGCCUAGUUUCUAAGAGACAGUUUCUUGUAAAGGAUCUGUAUGCUAGUUGACCUGAUCUCCAGAGCUGGAGGACCACCAGACCCUCCCCUUCUCUUCAUGCUCUCUGGCGGGACUGACUUAGCAGUAGACCUCAGCACACUGCUGUUCCUUCAGCUUGGUUGGUCACAUUAGCUUCCUCCUGAAGGGAGGGAGGAAGGAAGGGGUAAAUACAAGUAGUGGGAGUGCUGCUUUAGCCCCCCCCAUCUUCCGGUUUCAUCUAAGCCAAACCUCUGAGCAUGUCAUACCAGGCUCUUUCAUAGCAGGAUGGCAGCUCCCUCCUUGGCCAUAACUGAGGGAAGAUGGGAGGUGCAGGCUCUGGGGAGGUCAGGACUGAACAGGGGAGUAAUCUGGGGAUGGGGCGCUUGGUCAACUGCAAAACUGGGACAACAACUUUAUAUCAUGCCCUCUUUUAAGCCAGUGAGCUGGGCCAUGCACACUUUUAAUUUAUUUGAGAGAAACUCUAAUUGUAUUUUCACUGCAGUAUCUUGUAUUUUUUAUUUGUGAUUUAAGAAAUGUGAAGAGAAAAUACACAGACACAUAAUGGCUAACAGUGUUCCUUUCAUUCCUUGUUCUAGAGCUAACCACUCUAAAAUUGUUUGGUAAUGUCACUUAGUGUAAUUAAUUGUAACAUAUUCUUUUAAAUAAAUUGAUUUAUUGAUGAAACAA